GAUCGCGAGCCCUUCGGGAAGACGUCUCACACGUCUGUGUCAACAGACCGCCCACAAUUCGCAAUUCGAAUGCCAGCGUCUUGUCCCCAUGCUCCUCCGCCGCUGCUGCUGUAACAACGAGCGCAAACGCCUGAAAGCGUCGAUAUCUCUGCCGACCGACUUCCAGCACACCAUUCACACGACCUUCGAUCCAGACUCUCAGCGCUUCGUCGGCCUUCCUCCACAAUGGCAGUCGCUUCUGGCGCAGCCCGGCGACCGUCCGCGCCCGAAACCGAUCGUUGAAGGCGAAGAGCCGAGCGACGCCGAGGUGUGGACGUUCCUCGAGUCUCUGGGACCGAUUCCCGACGACGAGUUCGUCGAGUAUCGAACGUCGAUCGCGCAGUUGGGUUCGAUCGAUUUGCGAGCGGCGCAGUUGGAGAUUCAGUGGCAGGAGAGCGAGUUGGGAUUGCGGUCGUUGAGUUUCUACGACACGUUGACGAGAAAUCGGCUGCGAAAUGUUGAGGGCGGGGCGGACGAAUUUGACACGUUCAGGCGUCAGUUGAGCAGCAUCGUUAGUAGGAAUGAUGAUCCACAUACUAGACUAGAGAAAUUCAUCAAAAUAGGUGAGGGAUCGACGGGAAUAGUUUGCAAGGCUGUUGAGAAGAUGACAGGGAGAGUAGUGGCUGUCAAGAAGAUGGAUUUGAGAAAACAACAAAGAAGAGAGUUGCUGUUUAAUGAGGUUGUUAUUAUGAGAGACUACCCUCAUGCCCACAUUGUUCAGAUGUAUGAUACUUACUUAGUGGAGGAUGAGUUGUGGGUUGUCAUGGAGUAUGUAGAAGGAGGAGCACUCACUGAUGUUGUCACGAAAAUGAGAAUGGAUGAGAGUCACAUUGCGGCUGUCUGUAAGGCUUGCCUCAAGGCAUUGGCAUACCUUCACUCACAAGGAGUUAUACACAGAGACAUAAAGAGCGACAGCAUUCUAUUGUCAACAACCGGACAGGUUAAAAUUUCUGACUUCGGCUUCUGUGCUCAAGUGUGUCCAGAAGUGCCUAAACGACGGAGUUUGGUUGGAACUCCAUAUUGGAUGGCUCCUGAGGUCAUAUCAAGACUACCAUAUGGGCCAGAGGUUGACAUCUGGUCGCUUGGUGUUAUGAUGAUUGAGAUGGUAGAAGGUGAGCCGCCAUAUUUCAAUGAGCCUCCUUUGCAGGCGAUGCGGAGAAUCAGAGACAUGCUUCCUCCCAUGUUCAAGGAGGCACACAAAGUUUCCUCUAAAUUUUUGACUUUUGUGGAGAGAGCUCUUGUACGUGACCCUCUCCAAAGGGCAUCAGCAUUUGAACUGCUCCAGCAUCCGUUUCUAAAGCAGGCUGCCCCACCAUCAUCACUGUUGACAUUGUUGAAAGGAUAUCGACACAGCGUGUGCUGAUUUUUUAGGUGUACAAAGAGUAUCUCAAGUUUGGUAGUAAAUUAUUGUGAAACUUUAUAUGUAUGAUAUUGAUGUGAGCAAUGACGUUUUACUCACGGAUGGUAAAGAAAUUUUCAAAAUACAGAGAAGGAAUAGAUUCAUAAAUAGCCUAUUGUACAGUAUGUACUUGAUUGUUGACG